AUGGUGCCUUACGACCCUAACCAGAACGAAGAGAGAUUUAAUCUGGAAUCUGCGAGAAAUGCUUUAAGCGAUCUCCAAAUGCGGUUCACUAUUGACAAAUACGAACUUGCAAAGCACUUGAUUGCCGAGAGCAAGAUCAAUCCUCUUCAAGCGAACUUUUUGAAGACUCCUGAAUUCUUUCAAGUUGCAGACAAGAUCACAGACACGUUCUUUUUCGAAUCCAGAUCAGCCGAGGCGAUUUUACUCGGACUCAUCCAUGCGGCCGGCGAUGAAGAGAAUAAAAUGCUCGAGUCUCUAGCUCGAAGCAUAGGAGAGUUCGAGGUAAUGGGUGAAAUGAAAGUGAACCCCUUUCUAGGAAAGGCAGAAAGAGUUAGUGAAGAAGAGAAGGCUAAGAGAUUCAAUCGUCUAAGGGAGAUUGUACUUGCGCUUGAGCCUCAUCUUCUCAAUUUGUGGAUGGAAAGGGGUGUGAGCCCGGAGCAGGCACAAGAGAUUUUGCAAGUGGAUUUUAGCAGUACUCGUUUCCUGGAUAACUCGCAUUUGUCGGUGUACAUCCAUUAUCUCGACAUGACACCCCGCUACAAAAACUUUGGUCUAGUUAGAAUUUUGCUUCUCGAGACGGAGAAACAUGGCGUGGGCCAACAUCAAAUUUUAUUAAAGUUGCUGGAUCUUGGAGCACUGACCAAACCCGAAUCUUUCCACGGAAAGAUAUUGGAUAGCAUAUUUUUGUACUGGGAUAGGCAGCGUGUUGACCAUGCCCAACUCUACAAGAUUUUGGUACCGGAUCUCUCUAUCGGUAUUGAGUUUAUUGAAGAUGAAAGAUUGGUGGAGAGUAAGAAUGGAGUUGAGCGAGUGGCGUUUAAAAUGAAGCCUGCCGACUAUAUGCCACCCAUCCCUCAAAGGGAUAAACAAUUGGCGGACGUUCUUGCUCUGAAAUUGUUUGGAACUGCGGAAUCGUCCUACAAUAAAAUUAAUACACAUUUCAGACCGAGUGUACGACCACCUACGAAGCAAGAAAGCAUUAUGAUUUUUACUGAAGAUAUUUUCGAAGGAUUGCGCAAGCAUUGGAGUCGUCAUGGUCUUACCCCUGACAAAGUGUUUUCUCUUAUGGAUUUGGACAAAUUGACAGAUGAACAACUUUUAAGCAGCCUUCAUCUCUGGACUUUUUUGUGGUAUACGACUGAGCAUCUCAAGACAUACAAAGCGAGAGGCAAACAAAUGUUCGAUGUAUUGAAACGAAAUUUGAAUGACGAAGAGAUUGUAAAAUUGCUUGGAGAAAUGAACACGAAAGAUGAGUCUCACCAAGACUCUUGA